CUAGAACAAGGGCCAGGAGUGUGAGAGGGGUUGUGUGUCCUGGCCAGUUUGAGGAGUCAGAGAGAGGGAGAGCCGGUCUGCAGCGAGGUGUCCGUGCACAGCUGAGGCGGACGGAGAGAGACGUGUGAGUUCACGGGUCCAUCCCGACAGGGAGAUACUUCAUGCUGAGAGCAAAAGAUUGAUCUCUGGCACAGAGGAACCAUAACAGAUCAUAUGCAGACUCAGCGAAGUACGGAAGUAGCGGCCCAUCCAAAUGGCUCCCAGGCUCAUCUUUCUGGGAAGCCUGAAGUUUCUUCAAGCCAGCAUAUACUGAAUUCUCCGGAGCAAGUGGUGGUCAUCUCCCCUGGACUCCCCACUCCUCCGCUAAGCCCCUUUUGCUCCAGAGGACCAACACCUGGGGUUGUCAAGGGGUCAGAGCUGAACGGAGGAGGCCCAGGCACUCUGAGCUUUGGUUCGUACUAUGGACCUUCACAGUCACAAGCCGAACUGUCCAAUGGAGUCCAGGGCUCCUCCACUUUGCCCCGCAGCAACGAGGGGAGGCUUGUCAAGUUCUCAGGAAUAGGUCCAGUCGAUGAGACCGGGAUGCCCAUCGCGUCCAGAUCGAGCGUGAACAGGCCCAGAGACUGGUACAGGAGCAUGUUCAGACAGAUUCACAAGAAGCCAGAAGAGCUGGAGGAUUCAGAGCCGUGGUCACCUGAACGGCUCCAGUCAUCUGCAGAGAGUGAAAAAAUCCUGGAAGAGGACACGGAUCUCUUUAGGCUGACGCCUUACGGAUCCCUGCCCGACUGGAGCGAGGAUGUAGCUAAGCUGUCGGACCCUGGAAAGCAACACUCUCAACCUAGGAGUAUAUUCGACUUUGAGCCUGAAAGGAGCUCCGCAUCAGAGAGUAAAGGCCAGGUUAUUUCGUCCCCGAAGAGACAGUUUGAGAAACCAAAAGCACCUUCCAUUGAGGCCAGUCUGCAGUCUGAGCUGAGCCAGUUUGAAGCUGAGCUGGACUCGGAGAUUCAGGGCCUGGAGAGGACAAUUUCCCAGAAGAGGCAGCGUCGAGGCCGGGGUGAGGAGGCCACAGGCAGGGAUCCAGUUCCAAAGGCUGGCACUACCAACCACAGCAAUCUCUCAGCGUCUAAGCAGCCUCUCCAACGUGCUGGUGGCUCACCUUUGACUUCUGCUCCUGCACAUGUAGGACGUUCCUCCCCUGCAAAUGAAACCAUGGAGCCCGCAUCAAAAAAAGAAGAGAAAAAGAUGAAAGCUGCAAGAGCCAAGUUUGACUUCAAGGCUCAGUCACCCAGGGAGCUCCCAUUGCAGAAAGGCGACAUUAUUUACAUCCACAGGCAGGUAGAUGCCAACUGGUUUGAAGGGGAGCAUCAUGGGAGAGCUGGUAUUUUCCCAACUUCCUAUGUAGAGGUUCUGCCUCCCACAGAGAAGCCAACACCGAUAAAGUCUCCCACUCUCCAGGUGUUGGAGUAUGGGGAAGCUGUAGCUCUUUAUAACUUCAACGCUGACCUACCUGUUGAGCUUUCCUUUCGUAAAGGUGAAGUGAUCUGUGUAACCCGGUGCGUUGACGAUAAGUGGUUGGAGGGCAGGAUCUCUGGAACGAACCGGAGUGGCAUCUUCCCAGCCAAUUAUGUCCAGGUCAACAAGAUGCCUCGCACCAAAUACUCCACCGAUGACUACUCGCCGGGUCCCAUGUCUCCCAUUUCCCCCGGACCGCUGAGCCCGGGACGUCCACUCCACUCCCCAUCCCCGCGGUCACCACUGUCCCCUUUCACCCCACCUUCCCACAGCCCCAAACCUGAGCACUCCCCCCUGAAAUCGUUGUCACCCGUACCGUAUGGCAGCCCAGCCUCACAGACACGCUCCCACACCCAGACACUGUCACCCCUCCGUUUUCCCCACGGCACCCCCAAUACGGCUCCCCCCACCAACCAAAACAGCCACUUGGCUGAGGCACACUCCACGGUUAGGGCGGUUUCAUCUUCGCCACAGUCUUCAGCGUCCGCGCACAGAGCCGGAGCUCCCUCAGAGAACGCUCCCAGGUUCACUGGUUCCUCACAGGGUGCAAUACCAAGCCCGUAUGCGCCUUCUAAUGCACAUGUCAGCCUACAAGCGCAGAACAACCCUGGCUCAAAAGUGGGGCAACGGCAGCCGUAUAAAGCUAUUUACAACUACGCACCGCAGAACGCAGACGAGCUGGAGCUCAGAGAAGGGGACAUAGUGCAAGUGAUGGAAAAAUGUGACGACGGCUGGUUUGUAGGUACGUCAGAACGGACUCAUACUUUUGGGACUUUUCCUGGGAAUUACGUGACACCAGUCUGACCACCUCACUCUGCCUGCCAACAUUCAGUGGGACUCAUAGGAGCGUAGCUAGCGAUCAUUUUCUCGUGCCAUUAUAGCUUAUGUUUUGUGGGGUUUGCAUGUGCACUCUGUAUUCCCGAAGAGAGGGCAGGGACACGCUGUGGUCUCUCUCCUCCUCUUCCCUGCAUGUAUGAGCACAUUCUGAAUGCGAACGUGUGUUGCACAGAAAUCGGAGGAGUGUUUUUAACACACUUGAGAGCAACGCUGAUGCGACUCAUAUGCACAGGACAUUUUAUUUCCCUUGUUCCACAGCUUUUUGCAGCUGCAGGAAAUUUGCAUUCCUUCCCACUGAACAGCACCGUUCCCUCUGAGGUCCUCUUUUUGUCGCCACAGUGCCUACACAAACCACAGCUGGGAUUCCUAAACGAGGAUGGGGAUUUCUGUAGCCUUUUACUGAACUAUUAUUAAUAUCUCUUUUACAUAUGUUUCCCCAGAUUUUCUUUCAGAUGUCUGAAAUAGCUACAGCAGUUUUUGAAGAAACCUCACAAACAUCUGUAGGACAGGAAAUUGGUUUGACAUAUCGUCUGUUUACUGCCUUCCUCAAGUCUGUGACGUAAUGCAUCUGCUAGUUUCUUCUGUUAAUAAAGUGCGAAGCUGCUGUUGUAUGCCUGUAGUGAUAGUAAACACCCCCCCCUGUCACAUUCUCUGCUUCAAAAGAAGCUGUCAUGCGUCCAACAGCAGCAGCAGCAGCAGCAGCUGUGUUUAAGGGGUUGGAUCAAGAAUAUUCUGAUGGUUAAAUGAUCCUUUGAAGUGCUAAGUUUAAUGCUGUGUGUGCCAAAAGUAGCCUAGGAUGACAUGCAUGUGUUCAACUGUCCACGAGACAUUCCCAGCGUCCUCUUCAUGUUUGCAGAAACCGCUUUUGUGAUAUUUACUUUGUUCGUGUGUUGAAGUUAUUUCAAGCGCAGUAUUCGAGAAAAAUCCUCUGUGUUUGGUUCCAGCGUAACUUGAUACGUUUGUAAGACUUUAAAAAGUAUCAACUUUAAGUGACGGUUUCACUGUAAAAAAUAUAUAUAUAUAAUUUCAUUUAGUAGCCACGUAAAAUGGUUGUACAGAUUGUAACAGUUUGUAAAACUGAAAGGAUAAUAUAUAUUUGCUUAAAAAGAACAAUGCAUUGUAUAUCUAUGGUACGCAGUUCAUACAGAAGUUGAUUAAAUAUUAACGAGUGAUACAAAAAGCAA